GACUCUUAAAACACUUUUAUUUUGAAGGGCAGUGUGUAGCGCAAGUUGUGUUUGUGUUUCCGGGUCCCGGAAGACGCUACGACCUCCGUCCCAUUGUUUGCAUUUUACCUCGUGAUGAGGACGGCGGAGUGAAACGCGCCAGUGUUUGGUGUCCUUCCAGAGAGAAACAUCCCAAACUGCUGCAUGAGGUUUUAAAACCUGAAACGGAGCUACAAAGAGCAGGUCGGGGAGAAGUUGAGGAGAGGCACUUCAACAUGAACUCUGAGAGGAAACUGUCAGCUGACCAGUGGAGAGAUGUCCAGAAAGUGAUUGUUGGUGAAGAACAUCAGCAGGAGUGGAGCACCAGUCUGGACCAGGAGGACACAAAGCCCCCAUAUAUUAAAGAGGAACAGGAGGGACUCCGGAUCAGUCAGAAUAAAGAACAGCUUCAAGGGUCCGAGGAGGCUGAUAUCACUAAGUUCACAUUCACUCUGGUCCCUGUUAAGAGUGAAAAUGAUGAAGAGAAACCUACGUUCUCACAGCUUCAUCAAAGACAAACUGAAGAGAUUAAAACAGAAGCUGAUGGAGAGGACUGUGGAGGACCAGAAACAGCCAUGAAAUCAGAUCCGGAUACACAUUUACAACCAGAUACUGAUGACAAGACUGGAGACUCUUCUAAACCUGAGGCUGAUGACAGUGCUGAUUGGAAGGAGACCAGAGAACCUCAGUCAGGUUUAAACUAUCUGAAUAAUGAUAGAUUCCCUGUUAGUGAUUCAAGAUGCACUACUGAUGAGAAAGCAUUUAGCUGCUCUGAGUGUGGGAAAAGAUUUGGCACCAAUGGAGAUGUGACGAGGCACAUGAGAAUCCACACAGGAGAAAAAACAUUUAGCUGCUCAGUCUGUAAGAAAGAUUUUGGAAGGAGUGGAAGUUUAAAGAGACACAUGAUAAUUCACACAGGAGAGAAACCAUUUAGCUGCUCAGUCUGUAAGAAAGAUUUUAAACGGAGUGGUCAUUUACAGACACACAUGAGAAUCCACACAGGAGAGAAACAAUUUAACUGCUCUAUCUGUAAGAAAGUUUUUAAACGGAGUGGAAACUUACAGACACACAUGAGAAUCCACAAAGGAACGACCCCAUUUAGCUGCUCAGUCUGUAAGAAAGCUUGUGAAGGGAGUGGAGAAUUACAGACACACAUGUUAAGCCACACAGGUGAGAAACCAUUUAGCUGCUCAAUUUGUAAGAAAGAUUUUGUGAAGCGUGGAAACUUAGAGAUACACAUGAGAAUCCAUACAGGUUCAAACUCUCUGAAUAAUGAUAAAUUCCCUGUUAGUGAUUCAAGACGUACUAGUGGUGAGAAAGCAUUUAGAUGCUGUGAGUGUGGGAAAAGAUUUGGCACCAAUGGAGAUGUGACAAGGCACAUGAGAACUCAUACAGGAGAGAAACCAUUUAGCUGCAGAAUCUGUAAGAAAGCUUUUACCGUUAGUGGAAAUUUACAGACCCACAUGAGAAUCCACACAAGAGAGAAACCACUUAGCUGCUCAGUUUGUAAGAAAGAUUUUGUAAUGUGUGGAAACUUACAGACACACAUGAAAAUCCAUACAGGUUCAAACUCUCUGAAUAAUGAUAGAUUCCCUGUUAGUGAUUCAAGAUGUACUAUUGCUGAGAAAGCAUUUAGCUGCUCUGAGUGUGGGAAAAGAUUCGGCACCAAUGGAGAUGUGACGAGGCACAUGAGAUCUCAUACAGGAGAGAAACCAUUUAGCUGCACAAUCUGUAAGAAAGCUUUUACCGUGAGUGGAAAUUUACAGACACACAUGAGAGUCCACACAGGAGAGGCUCCUAGUAUUCUCCACUGUGUCCACUGCGUUCUCUUUGUGCACUCUCCUGUCCUUUCCUAUGUGUCCUAUUUGUGCACCUGUGCUUUCCUCUGUGUGACUGUGUCUCCUGUGUGUGUCCUGUCCACUAUUCGUGUGGUGAUGUGUCUGGUCAUGUCGUCUACCUGUGUCGUGGUGUCCUCACUCCUGGCCGUGGAUGACGUCGUGGCUGUGGCCACUCCCCACUUGUCUUGCCUGUCUCCUGUCCUACGGUCUCCUCUUUUGUGUGUUUGUCGUGUGACAGAAUGGACCCAAAAGCAAGGCUUAACAACAGAAGGGUUUAUUGAGUUAAACGAGGAGAGGAGGUGGACGCCAGGGAUAAGAGUGUGGGCACGAGGGCUGGAGAAGGCGAGGGAGCUCAGGGAGAACAGGGAGACCGAGGUCGAGGAAUCCGAGGAAGGGACACUGGAAACAACGGAGCCGAAGGCAGAGUGGAGCAGGGAGUCGCGAGGACGGGACCGGACGGUGAGGCCAACUCACUGGAGGUGGUAG